UAUUCUAUCUAGUCAUGCUCAGCAUGUAAUAACGUAUAAUAACACUUAUACGUAAUUAUAAAAUACGCCGUUAAAAAUCAGUGUAAUAUUUCAUUAUGUUAAAAACAAAAUUCACCGUAUUAUACAUCAGCUUUUCUCUUGUUGGAAUUAUUGUUGCCACGUUGAAAGAAGACAUUCAAUAUUGGCGGGAAUUGGCUAAUGAAGAAUUGGAAGAAGCUCUAUUGUACAAAUGGAAUACGAAUAAAGCAAAGAACGUGAUCGUCUUUGUAGGUGAUGGCAUGAGUCCUGACACCAUAACCGCCAGUAGAAUAUACCGUGCUGGCGAGAGCAGUCGUUUGGCUUGGGAAAAUUUUCCUCACAUAGGCAUUCUUAAGACGUACAAUACUAACAAGCAAGUACCAGAUUCAGCUUCAACGGCAACUGCUUUGUUUGGUGGAGUAAAAACGAAUUUUGAUCUAGUUGGACUAGAUGCAAAUGUAGAGCUAAACAAUUGCUCUGAGAGUUUGAAAACAGAUUAUCAUGUGGAUUCUAUUAUUUCAUGGGCACAGACUAUUGGUAAAGACACAGGAUUUGUGACGACUACCAGGGUGACCCAUGCAACUCCAGCACCUUUGUAUGCACACAGUGCGAACAGGCGAUGGGAAUGCGAGUCGAAAAUGCCGAAGACUGCUGAAAAAUGCAAAGACAUUGCCAGACAAUUGGUGGAAGAUCUGCCAGGAAGAAAUAUCAAGGUAAUUAUGGGAGGUGGUAGACAAAUGCUCAAGACCAAUGCUAUAGGUACUGAAUAUGAUCCUAUAGACGAAUGGGCUGGUCACAGACAGGAUGGUAAAGAUUUAAUCGAGGAGUGGAAACGAGACAAAUCCUCUAGAGGAUUGGCCUUCACUGUUGUUCAAAAUAACGAAGAAUUAUCUCGCGUAAACAUUGAUAAAAUCGAUUACUUGUUGGGAAUUUUUGCAAAUGGUCAUAUUAGUAUGGACUGGAAUAGAAAAAAAGGUCCCAAAGGGCAGCCGAGUCUCGAAGACAUGACUGUGACGGCAUUGAAAAUUUUACAGAAAUCGAAAAAUGGUUAUCUUCUUGUGGUUGAGGGAGGACUUAUUGAUUUUGCUCAUCAUCGUGGUCAUGCUGCACAAGCAUUAUUAGAAACUGUUAGAUUCUCAGACGCCAUUAAUGCAACUUUAAAGAUGAUCAAUACGCAAGACACACUUGUUAUCGUAACCAGUGAUCAUACGCAUUCGAUGAUUUUUAAUGGAUAUAGCGAUAGAGGUUCACAUAUUCUAGGCAUAGCCCAGAAAUCUAAAAUCGACGGAAUCCCAUAUACUACGUUGAGUUACAGCACAGGUGGACCGAAUAAUAUGGCGUAUACAGUUAAUAAUUCUAAUUCUGUUAGGAAGGAUCCUUCUAAAGAAAAUACAACAGAAUUCACGUAUAGUCAACAGGCAACUAUUAUAUCGGAUGAAGCUUAUCAUGGUGGCGGUGACGUAGCUAUCUAUGCUAUAGGUCCAUACGCUCACUUAUUUCAUAGUGUACAUGAACAAAGCUAUGUUGCACUUGUGAUUGCACACGCUAUGAAAUUAAAGUCGAAUAUGAAAUUAAAGUCGGAUAUGAAAUUAAAGUCUGAAAACAACGCUGGAAAACACUAUAGUAAUAUGAUCAAUGUUUUCAUGUAUUGUUGCUUGUUUCUUUUAGUGUUAUUUCAUUGACAAGGUAAAAAUAGAUAGAUCAUAAAUUGUACAGUAUUAAAAAAAAAGACAAUAUAUUCAGAUUGUGUAAGGCUAA